CCUCCUCACCCGUACCGCCCUGCCUCUCUUUCUUCUUCUUCUUCUUCUUCUCGGAAAAUGUAAAUACGGUGCAAUCCACGCGUUCAAAUAACACUCGUCCCCAAAUCCCUUUUGAAAUGUACUGGAAGCUUCGCGACAGAAAGUCUAGAAUUCAACCAAUUCCCAUUUCAGAAUUCUCAUCUCUUUUCCAACUUUGAAAAACAGUAUGCUUUGCGGCUUUUGUCUGCCGUUUCUCAGGUGUCUACAACCCACGUCUUCGUUUCCCCCUUCUCUCUCCUAUUAUAAAAGUGUAGCUCCCUCGGAAUUUUGAAGAAGAAUAAUACCUCCGGGCCUUUUCUGGAAGUUAUGGUAUUUUUCUCAACUAAUCAUCAAUCUUCGUUGUUGACCAAUGGAAUCUGAUCGGAGCAACAAUCCGGUUCAUUCUCGGUUCUUGCUCUCAGGUUUUUAUUGCUGGGGCUGGGAGUUCUUGACCGCUCUCCUGCUUUUCAGUUGCUGAUCAAAAAUUCAAAAUUAAUCCCUGUAGUAGGAAACCGAUCGGAUCGUUCUCGUUUUCAUUUUAUUCAUCCUUUCUAGAUUUGCGUCUUUCUUUUUUUGGUUUUCUUUUUGUUUCGGGUUAAGGGAGGUCAUUUCAAAGGUAGGUCGGUGAGGGGAAAAAUCCGGAGGACAAAAUGGCGCAGAGGUCAGUUCCGGCGCCGUUCCUGACGAAGACGUAUCAGUUGGUGGAUGAUCCGGGCACGGACGAUGUGAUAUCCUGGGGUGAAAGUGGCACCACCUUUGUGGUGUGGAAGACUGCAGAUUUCGCCAAGGAUUUGCUGCCUAACUGUUUCAAACACAACAACUUCUCCAGCUUCGUCCGCCAGCUUAACACAUAUGGCUUUCGAAAGAUCGUGCCCGACAAAUGGGAGUUUUCGAACGAGAACUUCAAGCGAGGGCAAAAAGAUCUACUCUCGCAGAUUCGGCGUCGUAAAACGGUGAAUUCAGCACCAGCACAGGUUCCAGUCGUAGGUAAAUCUACGGGUGGCGGUUCGACAUCCGACUCUGGCGAGGACCUAGGUUCAACUUCUACCUUUUCUCCGGAUUCGGAUUCGGUGGAGACGAUGAAGACAACGCAGGUGACUGAUUUAUCAGGCGAAAACGAGAAAUUGAAGAAGGAUAACGAGAUACUAAGCUCGGAGCUGGCACAAAUGAAGCAGCAGUGCGACGAAUUGGUGGCAUUUCUGACUGGGUAUCUAAAGGUGGGGACAGAUCAGGUCAAUCGCAUAAUGCGGCAAGGAAGCUGUGGAUCCAGCCGCCAUGGAUUGUUUGUUGAGGCUAAUGGGGUUGAUUCCGACAAAGAUGAUGACGACAAAAACAACGGGACUGAAGAAACCGGGGAGAGUCUGAAACUAUUUGGUGUUUGGUUGAAUGGAGAUAGGAAGAAAAGGGGGCGCGAAGAGAAAAUGGGAUUUAGUGGACCCCAACCAAAGGAAAUGAAGGUUUGUAAUUGACGAACCAUAGUGUGCCACGUUAGCAGAAAAGACUACUUGGGUGGGUGCUUUGGAUAAGGGCUGGUGCACCCCGUUUAUUUAAAAAAAAAAAAUUUAUGUGGAACAGGAUAAAAGUAAAAGGACUAUCCCAGGGUUUAAUUUCUAAUUAAUUAGGUGUUUUUGAAGUGAUAAUGUACCAUGAUUAAGUGGUUGUCCCGGAAGGUAGAGCUCAAAUUAAAAUAAUGGAUCUCCACCUUCCUUCACUGUUAUAGUUUAUAUGCGUGAAAUUUGCACCUUAAUCACUAGGAAGUUGACAUUGUAAUAAUCGUAAGGUUUGUGCAUUGGAACAUUUCUAGAUCUGUAUCAUCAUUAAGUCAUGUACUUUUGGUUUUAUUA